CAGGAAAACAGCCCAGGACUGCCGCACUCUCUUCUACUUUCUGUAACCGUGCUGAGAAAUGGCGGCGUCCGUGUGCCGAGUCGGGAGCACUGUGGGUCGAGCCCUCGCCAAAGCCCGCAGUCCCAUCAUUCUGUCACUGAGGCGCGGCCAGGCCUCUGUCAGCUAUGCCCAGAGCCUGCUGGGAGCCCCUGAAACUCGCCUGACUACCCUCGACAAUGGUUUGAGGGUCGCAUCUGAGGAGACUGGACAUGCCACGUGCACUGUUGGACUGUGGAUCAGUGUUGGUAGUCGCUAUGAGAGUGAGAAGAACAACGGAGCAGGCUUCUUCCUGGAGCACAUGGCUUUCAAGGGAACCAAGAAGCACCCCCAGUCAGCCCUGGAGCAGCAGGUUGAGUCUAUGGGUGCUCACCUGAGCGCCUACACCUCGCGGGAGCACACUGCAUACUACAUGAAGACUCUUGCCAAAGACCUGCCCAAAGCCGUGGAGCUGCUGUCAGAGGUGGUGCAGAGCUGCUUGCUGAAUGAGGCAGAUAUCGAGCAGCAGAGGGGUGUUGUGCUGCGUGAGCUCGAGGAAGUCGGGGGAAACUUGCAGGAAGUUUGCCUUGACCUGCUGCAUGCUACAGCCUUCCAGGGCACUCCUCUGGGGCAGAGUGUGCUAGGACCCUCUAGCAAUGCCAGGAUUCUGACCCGCCAUGACCUAGUGGACUACAUCAAUAGCCACUACAAAGCCCCUCGCAUGGUGCUUUCUGCUGCUGGAGGUGUGAACCACGAGGAGCUGGUCAGUUUGGCCAAAUCUCACUUCAGCGGAGUGUCUUUCGAGUAUGAGGGAGAUGCCGUGCCUGUGAUGUCACCCUGCCGAUUUACAGGCAGUGAGAUCCGUAUGCGUGAUGAUGAUUUGCCUCUGGCCCACAUUGCCGUGGCUGUGGAGGGGGCCAGUGCUGCCAGCCCAGACAUCGUGCCACUCAUGGUGGCCAACUCCAUCAUCGGCAGCUAUGACCUCACCUAUGGUGGCGGAAAGCAUCUGAGCAGCCGUCUGGCCCGUCUGGCCGUGGAGGAGAACCUGUGUCACAGCUUCCAGGCCUUCCACUCCUCCUACUGCGACACCGGCCUGCUGGGCAUUUACUUUGUGGCCAAUAAGCACAAAAUUGAAGAUAUGAUGCACUGGUCCCAGAAUGCCUGGAUGAACCUGUGUACCACAGUGACAGAGAGUGAUGUAGCCAGAGGCAAGAACGCUCUAAAGGCCAGCCUGGUUGGACAGCUCAAUGGAACAACACCAAUUUGCGAUGACAUCGGCAGACACGUCCUGAACUAUGGGCGCCGUAUUCCUCUGGCAGAGUGGGAUGCUCGGAUCGAUGCCGUGACCCCCAGGAUGGUGCGAGACGUCUGCUCCAAAUAUAUCUAUGAUAAAUGUCCUGCUGUGGCAGCUGUUGGUCCUGUCGAGCAGCUACCCGACUACAACAGAAUGCGCAGUGCCAUGUACUGGCUGAGGUUUUAAGAUGUGUACUUGUGUUGCUCCAUGUGUUGCUCCGUGUGUACCGCGUUUGCUCCUCAUCUUCAUCCUCAACCUCACUCCGUUAUCCUACCACGAUCACUGCGAGAGUGAGCACAUGAGGAUUGUUGAGUAUUACAUUUUAGACAUCGGUUACCUCUUGAUUGUACGGUAUGGUACUUCGUAUUGACUUGAAGAGAGGAGGGGAGAGAGGGCAGACUUGAAUAAUAAAAUAUUAAAUAAUCAUCUACCGGACACACAGAAUACACUCUAAAUACAACCAGUUUGGAGCAACAGUAUAUUUAUAAUUUCUGUAACGUUUGUUUCUGUCCUCUAUUGUACAUAACAGAAGCUCUCAUUCUGACAAAAUAAAAAAUACUGUAAAAGAU